CGAGGACUAGUGCUCACAAUUGAUGAGAAAUCGACACAGAACGUCGCACAAAGUUCAUCAACCUCGGCCAUGCAACAAAGUUCCCGUGCGGAGCUCAGCCGAGGGGAGCUCGUCCCCUACUCUACUUGUCAGUGUUGGCGACACAUUUUCUAGCCAGCACAUAACAUCGCCUGUCAGCUCAGAUUGCGAGACAAAGGACCACAGAUACCACAUCCUCAUACACCGCCACCAUGGAGAUCAAGAAGCCCCAGCAAAACGCCUACGUGCUCGGCGUGGGUCUCACUCAGUUCAUCAAGCCAAGACAGACCCGCUCAUAUGUCGAGAUGGGCUUCGAGGCCGGCGUCAAGGCCAUGUUGGACGCGCAAAUCAACUACGACGACGUUGAUUUGGGAGUCGGAUGCUUCUGCAUUGGCCCCACCUGCUCAGCACAGCGCGUCUUCUACCAAUUCGGCAUGACUGGCAUUCCCAUCUACAACACCAACAAUGCCUGCGCCACUGGCUCGACAGGACUUCACAUGGCAAGGACCAUGGUGCGAUCAGGCGCCGCAGACUGCGUCUUGGUCGUUGGAUUUGAACAGAUGCAGCCGGGCUCAAUCAAGCUCGGAUUCCAGGAUCGCCCUGAACCAAUGCAACUGAGUGCUCAGGUAAUGGAGGAGGAGUACGGGGCGCACGACAGCCCGCGAAACGCACAAUACUUUGCCAAUGCUGGAAGAGAGUACGGCGCGACAGCUGAUGACUUUGCUGAGAUUGGCCGCAUUAGCCACAAGCACUCGGUCAAUAACCCAUACGCACAGUUCCGACAAGAGUACACACUGGACGAGAUCAAGAACAGCACAAUGAUUCACUUCCCACUUACAAAGCUGCAAUGCAGUCCAACAUCCGACGGUGCAGGAGCCGCCGUUGUUGUGUCAGAACGUUUCAUCAAGGAGAAGAGACCACAUCUUUGGGAGCAAGCCAUCUUGAUGGCCGGACAGCAGCUGCAGACGGAUGACGAUACUCUCUUCUCCAGAAGCGCCAUGGACCUCGUUGGUUACGGCAUGACCAAGAGAGCUUCGAGAAUGGCCUACGAGGAAGCCGGUAUUACCGCAAAAGACAUCGGGGUUUGCGAACUUCACGAUUGUUUCUCGGCGAACCAAAUGGCUCUCAUUCAAGGAUUGGGGUUCUGCGAGGAAGGCAAAGCUCAUGAAAUGGUUCGAAAUGGAGAUAUCACAUUCGGCGGCAAAGGUCCAGUCAUCAACCCAUCUGGCGGUCUUAUCUCAAAAGGACAUCCACUUGGCGCCACAGGCCUCGCACAAUGCGCAGAGCUCACAUGGCAGCUUCGUGGCUGGGCCAACACCCGACAUGUCGAUACGAGGGCAGCCCUCCAACACAAUCUCGGUCUCGGUGGAUGCGUUGUCGUAAAUGUCUACAAGCGUGCUGAUGGAAAGCCCAACAAGAAACUGACCGAUGCGGAAGCCAUUAAGGGCACAGCGUGGACAUACAACCCAGCGACUGCGGCCAAGACACCUUCAAUGCAGGAGUCAGAGAAGGUUAGGAGUUACAAGGCUUCCGUGCAGUAUGCUCUUGGAGAUACUCCAGAGAAGAUCCAGAGCAGGCUGUAAGUCAAUCUAGUUAAGUAGCUCUGUUGUUUGAUGACAAAAUUAUAU